CAAGACGAGAGGCAGCAGAUCAGGUGACCCCAUACAUUGUUUCGUUUUGUCAUCAAAAAGAUCGGUGACGUUAUUUCCCUACCAUACUAUAGGAGAGGAAAGAAGCAGCUGCUGACCGAGAGAUUUUCUGCUCCUUUAUCAUUCCCUCCGUCUUUGCUUUCUCCUCCUCCUCCUCCUCCGACUCCUCCUCAUUAUCCCCCCACCACCCCCACCUCCACCUCGUUCACUUCCGUCGCAGCGAUGCUCGACCUAGUCAGCUACGCUGCUCUGUGUCGGGGCUGAGUCCUGACUGACGGCUCAGUUAUGGUCCAGAAAUCACGGAACGGCGGGGUUUUCCCCGGAGCUCAGGCUGACCAGAAGAAGCUGAAGGUGGGCUUCGUGGGUCUGGAGGGAGGCGGCACUGAAUCCAGCAGAGAUGGAGCGCUGCUCAUAACGGGUGUUGAGGAGGGGCCUCGUCGUAAGCGCAGCAGCGUUUCCGGAGGGAAGAAACCUCCCAAGAGAAACGCCCUCUACAGGCGACUGCAGAACUUCCUGUACAACGUCCUGGAGAGACCACGAGGAUGGGCCUUCAUCUACCACGCCUACGUGUUUCUUCUGGUCUUCUCCUGCCUGGUUCUCUCUGUCUUUUCCACUAUCAAGGAGUACGAGAAGAGUUCAGAGGACGCUCUCUACAUCCUGGAAGUGGUGACCAUCGUUGUGUUUGGGGUGGAGUAUAUGGUGAGAAUCUGGGCUGCAGGUUGCUGUUGUAGAUACAGAGGACUCAGAGGUCGACUUAAAUUCGCCAGGAAACCUUUCUGCGUCAUCGACAUCAUGGUGCUGAUAGCGUCCAUCUCCGUCCUGGCGGCAGGGACUCAGGGAAACGUCUUUGCCACAUCAGCCAUUCGUUCUCUCCGAUUCCUGCAGAUCCUCAGGAUGAUUCGUAUGGACCGCAGAGGAGGGACCUGGAAACUGCUUGGAUCAGUAGUCUACGCUCACAGCAAGGAACUCAUCACAGCCUGGUACAUUGGCUUCCUGUGUCUCAUUCUGGCCAGUUUCCUGGUUUAUCUGGCAGAAAAAGAAGAUAAUGAACAAUUUGAGACGUAUGCUGACGCCCUCUGGUGGGGACUGAUCACCCUGACUACCAUCGGUUAUGGAGAUAAGUUUCCCAUCACAUGGAACGGGCGUCUUCUGGCUGCGACCUUCACACUCAUCGGGGUUUCAUUCUUUGCUCUGCCUGCAGGGAUCCUGGGUUCUGGUUUCGCUCUGAAAGUUCAGGAACAGCAUCGACAGAAACAUUUUGAGAAGAGACGGAACCCAGCAGCUGGACUUAUACAGGCGGCGUGGAGGGUUUACGCCACAAAUCUGAGCCGAACGGAUUUGUCAUCCACCUGGGACUAUUAUGAGAGGACUGUCUCUGUGCCGAUGUACAGGUUGAUCCCUCCUCUGAAUCAGCUGGAUUUACUGAGAAACCUGAAGAACAAGUCAGGACUCUCAUUCAGGAAGGACGUCCAGCCUGAACCCUCUCCAAGUCAGAAGGUCAGUCUGAAGGAGAGGGUCUUCUCUUCCCCUCGCAGUUCAGGAAACAAGGGGAAAGGUUCUCCACAGCACGUUGGUCAUAGUGUUGCUACAAGCGUGACUCAUGGUUCUGGAGUUCCAGUAGUUGCUGAGAGUCCUACAGUGCAAGCACUCCGGAGCAUGGAACCCAGCAUGGAACCCUCCGGGGAGGAGAGUCCCAGCAAAGUUCCAAAGAGUUGGAGCUUUGGAGAACGUAGCAGAACCAGACAGGCUUUCAGGAUCCGAGGCGCUGCCUCUCGCCAAAACUCUGAAGUGCUCAUUGAGAUGCAGGAUGAAGAGUUCAGACAGAAGAACUCGCCAGAUGCGAGUCUUCCAGGAGAAGACAUUGCAGAUGACAACAAGAGCUGCCAUUGCGAGUUUGUUCCUCAGGACCUCACCCCUGGCAUAAAGGUCACCAUCAGAGCCAUCUGCAUCAUGCGGUUCAUGGUCUCAAAGAGGAAGUUCAAGGAGAGCCUCCGUCCUUACGACGUCAUGGACGUGAUUGAGCAGUACUCCGCAGGUCACCUGGACAUGCUGGCCCGCAUCAAGAACCUGCAGUCCAGAGUGGACCAGAUAGUCGGCCGAGGGACGCCCAUUGCUGACAAAGACCGUCCAAAAGCCACGAGCGAGGAGCUCCCUGAGGACCCCAGUAUGAUGGGACGGUUGGGGAAGGUGGAGAAACAGGUCCUGUCCAUGGAGAGAAAGUUAGACUUCCUGGUAAACAUCUACAUCCAGCGAAUGGGAAUUCCUCAGUCUGAAACUGAUGCCUACUUUGGAUCUAAGGAGCCAGACCCGGCGCCACCCUACCACAGUCCAGUGGAUCACCUGGAGAAAAGCCAGUCCACACCCAAGAUCCUGCCGGUUCUGCCUGUGGACCAUGUGGAGAAACCUCGCUCUGGGAUGAAGAUGGUUCGUUCCAGCAGCUCCACCGGACACCGAAAUUUCAGCGCCCCUACCUGUCCGCCUUCCACCUCAUGGCAGCCAAUUAGCUCCCACCUCCCUCAACAGGCUCCUCCCGCCCUCCAGCGUAGCCAUGGCAACACGCCGAGUCCAUUGGGAGAUGGUUCUCUGGUUCGACUCCCUCCUCCUCCAGCUGGAGAGAGACACGGGGGGAACCGACCCAACCGCCAAAGCGGCGGAGAGCGCGGGGCCGCUGAGAGGAUAGAGCGUGGUGGGGAGGUGGCUAACGGCAGCUCUGGGGCUGUGGUGGGGAAAGUGGGGGAGGAGGUGAAGAUGGACAGUGACGCGUCAGUCUCCAUCCCAUCGGUGGACCGCGAGCAGCUGGAGCAUUCCUUCAGUGGGUUCUCCAUCUCGCAGUCCAGAGAGAACCUGGACUUUCUCAACAACGGUUACUACAGCCGAGCAGCAGGGGGAGCUCCGCUCUGUGCCGCCGUGCGGCCCUACAUCGCGGAGGGCGAGUCUGACUCUGACUCUGAGCUCUGCGCUCCUUCUCCUCACUCAGAUCAGGCCUGGACCUCGACCAAGUAGAACCCAACCAGCAAAACCGGUCAUGUGAAUGAGUUAGCAUACGUGGUACACGGAAAACACAAGUCACCUGAGCACAAUCUGUCGAACGACGGUCAUUUAAACCACACCUGACACACCCAUAUACCCUCUCACACACUCACGCAUACACACUCCCCUUUCCUCUCGCUCACUCAGACACGUACAGGUUUAAAUGAAGUCAUGUGUUUGUCCGUUUUAUUAAAUCUUCUUCUUAAAUUCUCAGUCCGUGGUUGACUCAUUGGUGCCCCCGUGUGGCAGUUUAAUGACAUUUUCCUAAUACGCUGGCUCCUUGUGGUGAGGGUGUCACUACAACAGUGACACCAACCAACUUGGUUUGCGCCUCAUGCGUGACAGCGAGGUCACUUCCUGUUCCUGUUUUUAGAUGAAACCCAGGCAGCUGCAGUUUGUUUGACAUCAGACAUUAGCCAAGCAGCGACUAACCGAUAAGAAUUGUUGAAAAGUUUUUUUUUUUUUCCAAACAGUACGGAACCG